AUGGAAAGCACACGAGAGAGGCUCGUUUGUGCUGGGGACGGCUUACCGGUGGACGACGCGAUCGACGAAGCUGCAGAGAGGGUUGGCAUCGUGGAUGAAGUGCUGCUAGCUGAUGAAAAUAUAUACGUCAACGUGUUGAAAGCAUGUACGGAGAUCGAGGAUUUCUCCACGUUUGAAGAUGCGUUCCGCGGGAUGGUUGCUCGAGGUGUGGCUCGUAGUGCUGGAUUCGGAUCAGCGAUUCGUUAUUGUCACAAGUAUUUAGAUCCAGUGUUCCAUGAAGAAGUGUUGGACGGGGUAUUCUGGACAGAACAGAAGUUUGCAGGUGCCUGGACACUAGAGGUAGAAAACUACAACGAUGCGCUUGGCUGUUUUGCUGCUACGAAUAGACUGGACCAAGCCAAGGAGCUGUUCUCGGAAAUGCUGAACAACUCGUCGAUAGUGCCCGGAAUAUUACGAUGCUUGAGAUGGUGGAGAGUCAGUGCAACGCCUCGUUUGAGGAGGCGUUUAAUCUCAUGGACGUGUUACUUGAGUGGAAGCUAA